UAGAAGGAGAGCCCGUCACACUUUUAACUCAAGAGCUUCUUGAUCUCUUUUCGAUUUUAAUGGGGGGGGGCAAAUCUUUAGUUCCUGAAUGUAAAAUGAUUCAAACCACCUCCCUGCUCAGCAGGUCAGAAUGCAGGAUCAAAUGUUCUCGGAUAAGUGACAUCUGAAUUGUCCAUACCUUCAGUACUUCAUCACAAGCUCCCGCACCGUCACGCAGCACUUCUGGACUCCGGCUCCCCCGCGUGCGUUUACGUAAGAGCCGCCGCUUUAUUACGCAGCGACAGCUCCAUCCGGGCCAAUCAAAAGAUGUCCGACAAACUAAUCCGCGUGUUUAGUUAUGCGCGAUAAUCUCCACAAGUGGUUCCAAGCAGCUGCAGCACGCGGACGGAGAAGGGCUCCCCGGCGCAGAGGUGGCCGCCCGGAGGGCAGCGGGAGGCGGCGGAAGGUGAGCAGCGCGGCGCAGUGCCGGCUGCCGGGGGCAUGGACAUGUUGCGCCGCUCGUCUGUGUUCGCGGCCGAAGUGUUUGACCGCUCGCCCACCGACAAGGAGCUGGUGUCUCAGGCUAAAGCGCUGUGCAGGGACUACAUUCACUCCAGGCUCAACCGCGCCGGGAUGGGCUGGUCGAAGCCCGAGGCCGGGCGGGUUGCGCCGAGCGGCGGGCUGGGAGACGUCUCCUCCGCCCUGCUGUGGCUGGGUGAUGAGUUGGAGUACCUUCGACCCAACGUGUACCGCAACGUAGCGCGGCAGCUCAACAUCACGGUGGCGUCAGAGAGCAUUGUGUCCGAUGCCUUCCUGGCGGUGGCUGCAGACAUUUUCUCCACCGGUGUGACGUGGGGGAAGGUGGUGUCUCUGUACGCCGUGGCAGGAGCCCUGGCUGUGGACUGUGUUCGCCACGGCCACCCGGCCAUUGUCCAUACCAUUGUGGACUGCAUGGGGGAGUUUGUCCGCAAGAGCCUGACCACCUGGCUGAAGAGGAGAGGGGGCUGGGUGGAUGUCACGAAAUGCGUGGUGAACACUGAUCCCAGCUUCCGCUCUCACUGGCUGGUGUCCGCCGUCUGCGCCUUCGGACACUACCUGAAGGCCACCGUGUUGUACCUCCUCAGAGACACGUGAACUACAGUCACACACGGGGCACACGCUGUGCAGACUGACCGACACUGCACCCCGCCAGCGACACAGCACUCUACAAAAGCUUUUACUGCUUCGGAUGAUGUUUACACUUGUUUGCACUGAGCCUUCAUCCACGAACGACCAUCCCUUCAACAAAAAAAAAAAAAGGCUUUCCGCGCCUCUGCUUCCAAUGCGAGAUUGUCUAUUCAUUGUCAAUGGUAAGGUUAUGGCACACUUUUGACACAAAUGCAUAAAAUCACCCGCUCUUGAGGUUUUUAGCUUUUCGUUUGUUCCACAAUCAGCAGAACUGCUCAUUCAUUGUGCUUCUUGUUUGUCAGAGUCUUGGCUGUCCCUAGUGGUCAGAAAUGGUAACUACUGUACGUGCUUGUACUGAAAUCUCAACUUCUCUUGGGGGUGGCAAACGUGGCACAGAAGAUCAGUGCACGCCAGACAGCUAGAAAAGCAUGUUUUCCUUUAAUCGCGGCUCUGUACGAAAAUGAUUAAGUUAUGUUAUUUCCAAAGAUAAUUUGGGGAACAAUAUUUGAUCGUCUAUGCUUGUCCCCUCCCUCAAGAUUUGUAUUGUGUUUCCGCCAUCACUUGCAGGAACGUUUGAAAAGGGGACCAAAUAGUUACGAUUGCCUCUGUGGUUAUUAGUGAGUAAAUAUUGUCUCUAACAACACUUGUUGUUUGAUGUUAUUCUGUAUACAAAGGUAGAAAAAAAUUAAAGUUAAUAUUCACACAUUG